UCAUUGGUUAGAGUGGUUGGCUCGCAGCCGUUUAAAGUAGGCUAUAAGACAGGCUGUUCUUGUAAGGUUGUAGUUUGUGCAGGUAGCUUAAGGGUGAAGCAACCAAACGAUGGCAGGAGAAGUGGCCUCGUUCUCCGUGUGGGACUAUGUGGUGUUUGCAGGUAUACUUUUGGGGGCUUCUGGGAUUGGCCUCUGGCAGGCAAUUCGUGGUCGCAAGGAGAACACGAGUGAGGAGUUUCUACUGGGUGGCCGCCAAAUGCACGCGGUGCCCGUUGCGAUGUCUCUUACCGCCAGCUUCAUGUCGGGCAUCACGGUGAUUGGCACGCCCGCCGAGUCUUAUCGUUAUGGCACAGCCUUCUGGCUCUUCGGCCUGAGCUACGCCAUCACGUCCAUCGUCACGGCGGAGAUCUUUGUCCCCUUCUUCUACCGACUGGGCAUCACCAGCAUCUAUGAGUACCUGGAGAUGCGCUUCAGUAAAAGUGUGCGUGUUUUGGCUACAAGCAUAUUUAUUUUGCAGACGGUCCUUUACACUGGUUUAGUCAUCUACGCUCCAGCUAUUGCACUCAACCAAAUCACUGGGCUGAACCUGUGGGGCGUGUUGGUGGUGACGGGUGCGGUGUGCAUCGUCUACUGUACCUUGGGCGGCCUGAAGGCUGUGAUCUGGACCGACGCGGUGCAGUUGGUCAUCAUGCUGUCAGGCUUUGCUGCAGUAAUCGCCAGGGGGGUGGUGCUCCAGGGAGACAUGGCCCGGAUAUGGCAGGACGCUGCCGACGGAGGACGGCUCGAAACGUUUGAUUUUGACCCGGACCCACUGAAGCGCCACACCUUCUGGACCAUCCUGGUGGGGGGCAGCAUGAUAUGGAUCUCUGUGUACAGCAUCAACCAGUCCCAGGUGCAGCGCUACUUGGCCUGCAGGAGCGUGGCCCACGCCAAGACGUCCUUGUAUUUGAAUUACUUGGGCCUGUUGGCUACUGUGAGUCUGGCCAUGUUUUGUGGCCUCACCAUGUACUCUAUUUACAUGAAGUGUGAUCCCCUCACUAACAAUGAUGUAGGAUCCCCCGACCAGUUGCUUCCGUACCUUGUCAUGGAUAUCCUGGCAGACUACCCAGGAGUCCCUGGUUUUUUUGUGGCUGCAGCUUACAGUGGGACUCUCAGCACCGUGUCCUCCAGUAUUAAUGCACUCACGGCUGUAACACUGGAAGACUUUAUCCGACCUAAAUGGCGAAACCUGACGGAGAAGCAGUUGUCCUGGAUCAACAUGAGUCUCAGUGUGUUCUUUGGUGUGGUUUGUAUUGGAAUGGCUGGAGUUGCUUCGUUGAUGGGAAGUGUUCUGCAAGCUGCUCUGUCCAUCAUGGGGAUCAUUGGUGGGCCUCUUUUGGGACUGUUCUUCUUGGGAAUGCUUUUCCGCACAACAAACACCAUGGGGGGCCUACUGGGACUUCUUGUAGGCCUCAUAUUGACUAUGUGGGUGGGUAUCGGAGCCCAGAUCUAUCCCCCCGGAGCCGACAAAACCAAUCUUCUGCAAUUCAGCACCAACUGCAGUAAUUCACCGGGCGAUAAUAACAUGACCACUGCAUUUCCAUGGACCAGUGCAUUGACAUUGACCCGUGAACCACCGGUUAGGCCUCCUCUGGCUGACAGCUGGUACUCGCUGUCCUACCUGUACUUCUGUCCUCUGGGCACCCUGUGCACCGUGGUAGUGGGCCUGCUGGUCAGCAUCAUCACAGGUGGGUGUAAGCAGGAGAGGCUUGACAGUAGUCUGUUUGUGAGGAAGAGCGACCUGAUUUGUUUCAACUGCUGUGGCAGUAGUUCUAAGACAUCAGACAUGGAGAAAGAGGACAAUGAGAAAACCAAGGACAAGUUUGAUGCAUAUCAAAUGUUUGAUACAACGGGAAAAGAUGAGGAGAAAGUCACCAAAUUGUAAAAGGAAUUGAUCACUAUAUUGUGAAAGGGACAACCAAACAAAAGUCUAUUUUAACAUAUUUAUAACAGAGAGCCUUUUAGCCAAUUAAAUUAAAUGUGAACAACUGGCAGUUGUUCAGUGAAGACGGCAGUGAAUGCCGCCUAAAUCUAAAUCUAACGUAUGCCCCAAUAUGCCGACCACUAGGAACAUUGUAUUUGAAGAAUUGCUCCCUCGUAGAAAAAAAAGAAUCUGUAUUGUAAAAAAUUUAAAUAUAAUAAUUCUAAAUGUUUAUUUAGUAUUUUAUGUUUGAAUAUUUAUUGUAAUAUUCAACUAUAUAUAAUUAUGGAGGUUGAAAAAUAAAAAUUAAAAAAAUAUGCAUUAUGCAAGAAAAGAGGGAAAGUGGGCCGGCUAGUGUAUCUAUCACUCGACAAGAGUGAACUGUCAAAUUCACAAUGUAUGCAUAUCAUGUAUGAGUAAUUAAGUGAAAGGAAACCAUGCUGGGAUUUAAUCCAGAUAAGAGAGACACAUAGAUGAACUGUAAUAACCUCGGGCCCUUAUCUCCUUGGCAACAUGCAAUAAAGGAAGUUACAAAGAAAUGACCCGCCCACUCCUACCUGCCAUUCUGCCAGGAAGAGACUGGCUGUACCUAGUGCGCAAGGAGUAGAGAGUAAACAAUGAUAGGACAGCGAUUGUGGAAACCAUUCUUUCUGUUCCCGUGUUAUGAACUACUAGAGAGCACACAAUGAACCAGGUCCUGGAGUCACAUGUUGCCUUGCUGGUAUGUUGCCUUCUCGCAUGUUCAUUUGCUGCAAUGACACCGGCACCAAAGGAGGACUUGACGACAACAUUAGCCAGCUUUAAAGACACAACCUCUCAUACUACAGACGUCCCGAAUACAACAGUCUCUUCAAUGAGCAUCCCCAACAAUGCCACCCAGGGGUCUACAGCCGACAGCUCUGUCUCUUUCCAAAGCACUACCGAUCCUACCAGAAACUUAGAAUCGACUGCUUCUUCUAGCACCUCAAGCCAGGUUUCAACACGCAGGAGCACAACACAGCCUCCAGCCAGUAUCAUCACCACCAGCCCAACCACAACCACCUUCAAAACCACAAACCCUGAGAGGGAAACUUCAACCCGGUCGCAACCAACAAGCCAAGCAACCCCACCAGCUGUGUUUCAUAGCACUUCACCUGCUGAUGCUACAAAACAUUCCACACAAGCUGCCCCAGACAAUGUAACGCUAAUACGGCCUCAUGUCAUAGAAGGUUUGAACCUCAACACCUCAGAGAGGAAUAUGACGAUCGUCUUCAGCGUUGUGCUCGCAGGGUUUGUUUUGGGGUCCGUUAUAUAUCUUCUCCACAGAUGCAAACAGAGACUGCAAUAUUCCCAUCACCCCCUUCACAUGGAUCAAUUUCAGGCUGAUGACGACACGCUGGUAAUCUCGGGCGGACUUUAUGACGGACAUGCAUUAUUCGACCAACCACAACCCACUACAGAUGGAUCAGUCAACCUUCAGUUUAUCAAUGAGAGAGAGAGCUCCUACAUUAACUGAUGGCUCACUGAAAGUGAAGUAAGAUGAAGUGAUCUUUUUCAGAAUUGAGCUUUCAACAACUGUCAUCUUUGAAGUAUACUCUUGAUACAUUGGGGAAUAUAUUAUCAUUUAUUUAUAACGCUAACGAGAACAAUGCAGAAUCAGAGAAUUUUUAUAAUUGCAACAAUCUGUAAUACAAACAGCAAUGAAUUGAUCUAUUAUUAUCAUAAAAAAACACAACUUGAAAAGUACAUAACAUUUUGUGUGCAUGGUAAUGAAACGCAAAUGGAACAGCCAUGCUUGACUAUGCAACAGCAUUCAUGAACAUAGUCAUUGGUCAGUAUCCAACAAAUUCAUGAGAACUAAUACCUUAUUGAAACGUCUAAAACGGCUUAAAGAUAAUGAAUACAAACUUAAACGUUCAUACAAAGCUAAAUCAGUUUUGAACAAACACUGAUACUAUGCUUACUGAUGACUAUGCUUACUAUGCUUAUGAACUUUCUGAGAUAUAAAAGCACAUUUUUAAGCAAA